ACGACGUUGGUGGUUAUGUAAACUUGAAAAUUAAUUUAUGUAACUCCUUUGUGUAAUAAUCACGAAAAUUCGACGCUUAUCGGAUUGUUUAAAGGCCUAGGACACAGAUCGGUGCAGUGUCAAAUGCUCACGGAAAACAGCUUGCGGGAAACGAAAAAUCAGAACAAAGAUGCGUGUUUUUCCAUGGGAUGAGAACAACUUGCUGAUAUGUGCUCUGGUCACAAUCGGGAUGCAGUUCUCAUUUUUUCUGGUGGCUUGUGGAUGUAAAUUUGAUAAAGUCACAGAUUUUGCUGGUGGUACCAACUUUGUUGUGCUGGCUGUCCUUACAUUUUGCCUGGCCCAGACAUAUGCAACACGGCAGAUAAUUGUCACCAUAUUUGUGAUAUUAUGGGGCUUUCGACUCUCAGGAUAUUUGUUUUAUAGAAUCAUCAAAAUUGGAUCUGACAAGCGCUUUGAUGGAACAAGGGAAAAUUUCUGCAGAUUCCUGGGCUUCUGGGUUUUCCAGGCUGUGUGGGUAUUCACAGUGAGCCUCCCUGUGAUAUUCAUCAACGCUCCUGUCUCUGCCCCCAUUCAGCCCACCCUGACUGCAGCAGACAUAGUCGGCAUCAUUGUCUUUGCCCUUGGGCUUCUUUGUGAAACGGUGGCAGACUUUCAAAAGUUCUUCUUCAGAAACAACAUUGAAAAUAAAGGAAAAUGGUGUGACAAAGGUUUAUGGUCAAUAUCCCGGCAUCCAAACUACUUCGGUGAGAUUUUCCUGUGGCUGGGGAUUUUUGUGAUGAGUGUAAAUGUUCUAACGUAUGGUCAGUGGGCGGCUGUCCUUAGUCCCAUCUUCAUACUGACCAUUCUCCUCUUCCUGAGUGGAAUCCCACCCCUGGAGAAAACAGCAGACGAGAGAUAUGGCCAACAACCUGCGUAUGUUGAGUACAAGAGAAGGACAGCAGCCCUCAUCCCUUUCCCUCCGCCUGUCUAUGCUAAACUGCCACAGUGUGUCAAGUGUGUGGUUUGCUGCGAAUUCCCACUUUACAACCACCUGGACGUCGAAUCCGCUGCCCCUGAAUUGUCGACGAGCUCCCCUAAUGAGGAAGGCACUUCGUUGUCCCCUGAUCCCGCUCAAACACGGAAAUACACCACAGCUUAAUAGCCUCCUACCUCUACCCCUUUGUCUUAAGGUCACACCAAUUUAAAUUGUCGUUUUACGGAGUGAAUACAUUUUUCAUCAGUGUCAGAGGAGAUUUUAAACAAAAAUUAAACUGGAAAAUCAUCUACUUUGGAAUAAAUCCCAGCGAUUUUGCCUGUGGAAGGUUAUUUUAAAUGAUCGUAAAGCUGUAAUUAAAAAACUAGAAAUUUAUAAUACUGUCAAGAUUAGACCAAAUAAAAAGGUGGAUUUUCCGUUUUAUUUUUAUUCUAUAUUCGGAAUUUUUAGUGUGGGCUCUCGUGUAAAACACAAAAUAAAAUGGUGUCACCUGGCAGUGAAGCAAGGAUAUACCUGCACUAAGCACGUGAUUGGCUGUUGUGUGACGAAGGGAGGCUACUCUGCAAGAUCAUGCAGGAUAAGAAUGUCAGGUAGAGCCUGUUAUAAUUCAGGCUUCUAUUAUCCAGCCAGUGACAAGAUGGCACUUUUACGAUUAUAUGUACAUAUAACCUGUCUUAGAUUUAUAAUCUGUUCUGUUCUCAAAAGAUUUUUUUAUAAGAUUUGUAUAUAAAUGUUAUAAUUAAUUUGCCGUUUGCUUUGAUACACAUGUACAUGUGUCAUCACCUUUGUAAAUUUAUUUUUAUACAAAUAUGAAUCAUUUUCUUGUAAGAGAUAUUACCUGAUCGUAAUAUUAGGUUAUUUUGGUGUAAAUCUCAUCUCAAAUUUUAAAUUUUUACCUCAUCCUAAGUGAGCCACGUUAAGUUUUUAUAUAUAACCCUGUUGAUUUUCAGUGACCUUGACCUCAUAAUAACGUAUUCACGUAUCUUUGUUUAUCGCAAGUAGCUCUGUCAGUUUGCUAUGAAACUCCCUGAAAGCCUCACAGAAAAAACAAUAUAUAGGAAAUGUACUUCAGAGUCCAAUCAAAACAUGCAUCAGUAUAUAUAAAACAAGAUAAAGCAUCAUGUAGUUUAGAAAGUGAAUACAAAACGUGACAACACAACCGGUAGAGCUGCCCUCGCAACUGUCCCAACCAGUAGAAGUAAGAUUUUAAUAUAUAUUUUCAAGGUCAUAUAGGAGAUAAAAAUUUAGUUCUAUGAAAGACGUGUUAACGGGAUUUUUUUUGGCCAUGUGCAAAUAUACAUACAUGUAUUAAAUAGAGAUGACCUUUCAAGCAACAAGUGUGUCGAGUGUGUCAUGCAACACACCGGCCGGUACGUUUACCUCCCCAAAUAAUAUCAUUUCAUGCUAUUCUAUAGAUUUCUACAGAUAAAAAAUACCGAGUUUGUUUACUUGUUAGAUAUGCUUUUAUGAGUUGUAUAAAGAUGAACUAUUAAAAUUCCCUUCAGUGAUAAAAGUGUUAUUUCGCAUCCUGCAUUUCUGAGAUUCGACUCGUGAAGAAAUAAGGUUCAGCGGUAGCAGGUUACAUAACAAAAACUGCCGUUAAAUCCUGAAACAUUAACUAGCGUAUAUUUUGAAUACAUUGUACUAGUAAUAUAUUGACUGGUCUCAUUAAAGUAGGCGUAUGGCAUGGUAGCCUGAAAGCAUUUAAACUCUGUACAAUCCUGUCAUUUUGUACCUGCUUUUUUGUUGUAGGCUAUGUGGAACAAAUGUGUUGUUUACUCUCUUUUGUAUAAACAAAAACAUAUAUGUUCAUAUAUAUAUUGUUAGAGAUCAGGAACCGAUUGGCGCAAAGACGUGUCUGACUUAAGUCAAAAUUUGAAACACGAUCUUAAAGCUUUUUUUCGGUUUUAUAAAGUAAAAUUUUUUGUCCACCUCACCAGCGUUAUGUUACACCAAAUGUGCCCAAAUUUAAACUUUCAGUACCAAAAAAUUAGCGUUUUGGGAAGAUUUCAAAUUUUUACUUUAGUCAGAAAUAGCUUUUUGAAAUCGGCCCCAGUAUUUGUACAUAUACCUUUUGUAGAUAUUUUAAUGUACGUGUACAUCUGUCAGUGCUAUUUCCAUGACAGACGAUGUAAAACGAGCCGUUGAGUAGACCUACGUCUACGGGCCUCUGUAUAAGGAGAGUACUGUCUCAUUUUCUGCAUCUCAAGACUUUUAUCAAAAAUUUAUUUGAAUUGGAUCGUGAGAAAAAAAUCCCUGUCAGAAACUUUGUAUAGCUAGGUCAAGUCUGGCCCCAUGUUGGACACUGUUCUGUGUUUUGUGUGUUCUCAGUUUACAUAGGUGUUUGGCAUAAAUUUAUGUGUUAGCCAGGGUUGUGUUAUUUGGACUUUUCCGUUUGUUUUUGUUAGCCUGUAUAUUCUGCAUUUUCCAUGUUCUUUUGACGGGUACAUUUGCAAGGUUUGCCUGAUUUUUCGUACUCUCAGGAAGUCGUGUUUGUUUUUAGUGUUUCAUAUAAGUUUUGUUAGUAGUCUUUCUCCUACUUGCACAUAUAGUUCAGCAUGAAAGAAAAGAUCAUGUGACUUGUACUCUAUCGGGGAAAACAAACCCCAGUUGAAAGUACAUGUACACUCCAUUUCAAACACUUAUGACAAGUAAAAGUUUGUGGCCAAUUUGGGUGUGGCUUUGUUCCUUGUUUUAUAACUAUUCCCUUUAAAAACAUGUUAUUCUUUGACACAUUGCCAUUUGCUGUUAUCGUAUCCUUUGAUUCUUAUUGAUGUUUGACUGCAUGCCAUUUGCUGUCCUGUUAUCCUUUGACUCUUGCCUAUGAGCAUUUGACUCUAUGUAUUGUGAUGCCACCAUAAUUUGACUCUAGGCCAUGUGAUGCCGGGCUAUCUGAGAUUUGUCUCUAUGCCAUGUGCGGCCCUGUUAUCAUUUAACUGUAUAUUAUGUGAUGACCUGUUACCAUUUGAUCUGAUGCAAUGUUAUAAUUUAACUCAUUGUCAAAUGAUGCUCUGCCAUCAAUUGACUCUACGCCACGAGGGUCUCUGUUAUCAUUUGAAUCCAAAGCCACGUGCAGCCUUGUUACCAUUUGACUAUGCCUUGUGCAGCCAUGUUGUUUUUUUAAUUUAUGCCGUAUAUGGCCAUCUUAUCGUGUCACUCUAUGCCAUGUGCGACCCUGUUACCCUUUGACUCUGUGGCAUGCUAUCGUUUGACUGGUGCUGUGUGUGGCCUGAUUAUUAUUUAACUCUGUCAUGUGAUGCCUUUUUAUUUGACUCUGAUGCAGCAUGCAGCCAUGUUAUCAUUUAACUCUAUACCAUGUUGUACGCUGUUAUCAUUUGACUCUGAUGCUACAGUGUAUGUGUGGCCAUGUUAUCUUUUGACUCUCAUGUUGUGUAUGGCCCUGUUGUCAUUUGACUACACAAUGUACACUGUAUAUCAUGUGAUGCCCUGUUAUCUGUUGACCUUAUGCCAUGUGCUGCCCUGUUAUUUUUUGACUGUGCCAUUUGUGGCCCUAUUAUCUUUUGACUCUUUGUCAUGUGUGGCCUUAGCUUUUGACUAUGCCAUAUGUGACCCUGCUAUCUUUUGACUCUAUGCCAUGUGCGACCCUGUUAUCCUUUGACUCUGUGCCAUGUGUGGCCGUUAUCUUUUGACUCUCUUCCUUGUGCGGCCCCGUUAUCUUUUGACUCUAUGCCAUGUACGGCCCUGCUGUCUUUUGACUCUAUGCCAUAUGCGGCCUUGAUAUCUUUUGACUCAAUGCUAUGUGCAGCCCUGCUAUCUGUUGACCCUAUGCCAUGCACGGCCAAGUUAUCCUUUUGACUGUUGAUAUUAGUUGAGUCCAAAUCACGUUGCAGUCUUCUUAUUGAACGGUUCUGUGGCUUUUUAAACACUUGACAAAAGGUCAUUCUUGAAUAAAAUGUACCUAUGCAAAUUCAUGUGUACACGUGCAAGAAAAAAAAGCUUUCUGGUCUGUGAUUGUGUGUUAAUGAGAAUCUUCUCAAAAUAAUAUUACACAUCUCAAUACUACAACUACAGCUUUAUAAAACAGAAAAGCAUUUGCGCAUUUCAUGUAACAAAUUCCAUCGCCUUCUCCGUAUACAUAUACAUCCUUAUUGAUGUUUGACGCCAUGCCAUUUGCUGUCGUGUUAUCCUUUGACUCUUGCCUAUGAUCAUUUGACUCUUAUGUCAUGUGAUGCCAACCAUAAUUUGACUCAAGACAAGGCUAUCUGAGAUUUGUCUCUAUGCCAUUGCAGUCCUGUUAUCAUUUAACUCUAUAUUAUGUGAUGACCUGUUAUCAUUUGAUCUGAUGCAAUUUAACUCAUUGUCAAUUGAUGACCUCUUAUCAACGGACUCUGUGCCAUGAGGGUCUCUUUUAUCAUUUGAAUCCAAAGCCACGUGCGGCCUUGUUAUCAUUUGACUAUGCAUUGUGCAGCUAUGUUGUAUAAUCUUCUCAAGAUAAUAUUACACAUCUCAAUGCCAUAACUACAGCUACAUAAAACAGAAAAGCAUUUGCACAUUUGAUAUUACAAAUUCAAUCACCUUCUCCGUAUACUUAAUAUAAAAAUGACACGACAUAAAGUGCAAGCUUCAUGUGAUGUGGGAUCUAAAAAUAUAGUGCCUAUUGCUAUCUACUGUAUAUGCAUAAAUCAGUAAAUUAUUGGUAAAUUUCACACUUUAUUUGGGUAAUAAUACCAUAUGAAAGUAUUAUAUAAUACAUUAUAUAAUAAUGUUCACUUUAUAUUUCUGGCCAUGGUACAUGUAAAUAACCUCAGCCGUACACGGAUGAAUGAAUGUACAAGGUAUGUAGGCCUGGCGCAACUAGUGCCUUAGAAGUAACCGACACAAUACUUCAACAGCUUAUGAUUUUCUGGAAAAUCUGGGCCCGUACUUAUCUCCACGUUUUAAAGACGUUUACAUAAGAAAAUAAAAUGCUUUGCUCUAGAAAGUGUAAAAUUUGGACUAGCACAAUGUACUAACCACAGUUUGGGUUCUUUUCUUUUCUGGUUUUAGCUUUUUAAGGACUUGCAAUUUAUGACAUAAGUUGCUUGAUAAAUACGGGCCCUGGUUCCUGCUUCAAAUUAAGCCAUUUUGACUUAGUCCAAGACUUGUCAUUUUUACAAAACAAAAUAGUUGGAGCUUGAUGCUCAAAGUUCGAUGGGGGCCUCCGUGGCCAAGGUGGUUAGCACGACAGCACGGCGCAAUAACCGAGGAGCCUCUCACCAAUGUGGUCGUCUUGAGUUCAAGCCCAGUAAGUGGGAAGGUCUUGCAGUAACCUGCGGAUGGUCGUGGGUUUACCCUGGACUCUGCCCGGUUUCCCGCCACCGUAAUGCUGGCUGCCGUCGUAUAAAUGAAAUAUUUCCUGAGUGCGGGGUAAAAUACAACCAAUCAAAUAAAUAAAUAAAUCGAAAUUCGAUGAAACCACCUCCACGCACCCAAUCUGAAAUCAUGAAUGAGGGCAGGUUUCAGGUCAAUGGUUACAUUAUGGAGAUCGGUUUGUCACACCAGUAACGGAUCCGUGUGGUGAUGGGCAAUUCCAUAUGAUUGCAUGCAUGGUCAGGCUUAUCACCGAUGGUUCUAUACAUAUACUGUAGUUGGUAGUAAGUUUUCAUUAUGAUCCAUGUAUACAGGAAUUUUCAGUACCGUAUAUACUUCUUGCUUGCAAACUGCUUUUGGCUGCGUCAAGUUUGCUCAAAGGUUUUUCUUUUCCGAUGUGUUAACGGUAAGUUUGUUGUUGAAAAAGGUUUUUUUUUUGUGUGAAAUGUUGAACAAUCUUUAUUCAGUAAAUACAUAUAUGUUUAUAGAUAUACAUGUAUAUCAGUUUUAUCGAUCACAAUGUUUUUAAUGAAGAUUAUUA